AUGAAGUCUUCGUCGAGAGAGGGAAUGGCAACGUUCAGGAAUUCGUCGUAUAUUAACGAUCAAAUCCUCAAUGAAAAUAAUUUAGACAAUAUUAAAGAUACAUUUAGGUUUCUUGAAAGAGGUGGGAAUAUUUUGCAAAAUACGGAGCUGGCUUACUUAAAAUUUUUGCCCUAUAUAUCGAUAAAUCACAAUUCCAAAACACUUCCCUUUCUCUCAAGAUAUUCACAGUUCGACAGGAUUUGCGGUUUCGCGGCAAUCGAUCAAAACAAUGUGAAAAUCGGGAUCAAGGACAAUGCAUAUCCAAAGCCACCGCUAACAUCAGCGAUGGAAAUUGACGUUGGCUACGUGCCAUUGAAUAACGCUGAUGCCGAAACGAUGAUGAGAUCAAUCUUACAGGACAUACAUGAUCUUACAAAAUCGGCAAAACUGUUUUAUAUCAAGAACCAAAAUACUGUUGAAAAGUAUUGCGAUUUUCUCAUCCAGAAUCAGUCGUAUUUUCAAUAUCUGAGAAGGACCGAUGUGGCGUUAACUCCGCAAUAUUCUAUGCCCAUCAUGUUGUAUAAGUGGGAUCUUGGAUCUUUAGGUAUCAAUUACGAGGAUUUUUUACGCGCCUUACUACUUCUAGAGAAUGGUCCGUCGAUUAUAGAAUUCAUGGUCAUCAACAAUCCGCCCAUCUUUGACAAGAUUGUAAAAAUUUUAGUAAAGGCUCAUAGUAAUCUUCCAACAAGGUACAAAGGUCGUCUCAAAGAAGCCCUUGAAAAAAUGAUUAAUUUAGCUCCGCAUCAUGCAAACUUCAUGCGAAUGAUUCUGACCGACCUGAAGAUAUUACCAGAACUUGCCUUUGAAUUAACUCUUGACAUCUGUAAAGACAUUCCAUUAUACUGCGAGGGGAUUUUUACGCGUAAUACUAAGUGGCUUACUGCUACCGUGUUCAAAAAAGAAAUAAUUGAUGCCGUACAUUCUAGACUAAUGCUAGCUUUGAAUAACGAACUUGAGAAACCAAACAUGCCACCAACGAAUCAUCGAACGAGAUUAUGCAUUCUCAUUCGACUUGUUUGUGGAUUUGUUAGCAUAUUUAAAAAAAGGAUAGAUCCUGAGGAAAUUAAAGAAUGCUUCAAGGUGGUGCACGCGGCGGAGUCCGACAGGCUCAAGAAGAUAUGCUUAAGCUUUGUAUUAUUCUUUGCGGAGUUGAUUGCAGACGCUGAUCGGUUGCGCCUAUUCUCUUUAAUUGUUAAUCCCGCAAAUACGCAAUUGUAUUUGUUGUUUGCUUAUUUCUUUAACACCAAUAAAUUUGACUAUAUCGAAAAGCUGUGUCGUAAAAUUUUAACUUUGGAUGUGAUGAUAUCCGCAAAGGUUUUGAGGGAGUUACAAUAUUCGACAAGGGGGUUAUUUCAAGAGAAAACAUUGGCAAGGUCUGCAUUGGAGAUGGAUCCGAGUACAACCUUUUCGGAUUUGGGGUUGUUCAAAGCACCUCAAGAUUUUGCCUUCAAGUGUUUUUACGUUAUGCUCAAAGGAGGUGUGUUUCAUAAAGGAGGUGUGGACAUUCAACAGUGGAUGCUAAAGCAGAUUCGACAUGCUCAAACUCCGAUACACGCCCAAUUUGUAGCUUUGUUGAAGGCAUACAUUUACAGUAUUUUUGUUGAUCAUGGUGCUUACCCGAAUGUCAUUUAUCCAACCCCAAUAACCAAGAUUCCAGAAAGCGAAAUCUUCGAUAUGUUUACCGAUUGUAUUUCAAAUGUCACGCCAUCGCACAUUCUUAUGUGUUACUACAUUUUGACAUUUAAUUCUGUUUGUAUGGAAAGAAGGUUGAUCAAUUCGUCAGCUAGUGAUCCUAAAAGAUCAUUAUAUUCGUAUAAUCUCACUGAGCUAAUACCUGUACGAAAGAUUCUGUUUAUAACAGAAAGAAGCGGAGGCGGUAAUGAUUACAAGAAUAUAUACCCUGAACUUCUUGGUCUCAUAUCUGUUAAUUACCCGGAAAUUUUUGAUAUUGAAAGUUUGCUGAUUGAUGAGGAUCGCGAGAUAAGGAACUUUAAUACUAACUUAGAAGAGAUCGCCGAGAAACUAGUAUUAUCGGCAAGCUCUGGACUUGAUGAUCCCGAAGAAUCAGCUUUAGCUAUGAAACAGCUCGUCACGCUUCCACCCGAGGUUUUAUAUGAGCACUCGGAUACCUUGAUCAUAUUUUUGUUACCAAAGUUGCUGGAUAGGAUGAACUUCGAGAUGCUAUAUUCCAUGAGUGAAAUAUGGCUUCUUUUGUACAGCAUAAGCCCACACGAGGCCUCAUUAUUGUUUAUAAAUGGAUUACGCGGAGAACAAGAUCGAAGAUAUCGAUUUCCAGAGUUACAAAUUAUGCUUGAUCCAUCACUGGUUUUUCGGAUCGAUGAUCGAACAUUUAGGUGCCCUCCGUUGUAUAAAAUAUUCUUAAGGGUAUUGAAAUUUUACAUGGUGGGAUCACGACAAAGACUGCUUCGCAUUUACCAAGAGAGUGCACACAAGGAUGAAAUGAAUCAAGUAAAUCUUCCUCUAACGAUCAUGGAACAAGAAACUUUGUUAUUAUCGACUGUGAUGGAAAUCUGCACUUCCAAACCAACGGACAAAGGAAAAGAAGAAAUCUUGGAUCAAAUUCGGAACGCCUCUUUCCGUUUUCUUCAUCAAAUAUUUAUUGAAAACAGUGAUUCAUUAAAAAAUUUGCAUUUUUGGGGCUACGCGAAAGAGUUGGUCCCAUUAACCACGAGUCGAAUAGAAUCCAUGCACACAUGUAUGCAUUGGGUCCAUGAACUUAUAAACAACGAAGACGCUGAAAAACAAAUGUUUGGCCUAUGUUUAGCCGGUCACCUAUGUGAAGUUUGGCCUAUGUCAACUACGUUUACCAUUGCAAAAAAUUUUAUGCUACCCGCAAUCAAACGUAAAAUUAUGAAUCCAUUGUCCAAAAUUUUAUCUCCUGAGGCGACUGAAGUUUUACCGAUCUUGGUAAAAAUACACAACAUUUUUGAACAUUUGCGAGCGGAUGUGGUCGAGCUGUUACGAGAACUUGAGGAAAAGUUAAUGUCUCGAAACCGAUAUGAGACAACAUACGGGUAUAGACGUCGGUCACGAGAGAUCAUAUCACAAUGCUUGCGGGAUAUAAACGAGAAGCCACGAAGUGACAGUAUGUUAAAAGUUAGAGAGAUUCGACCAAU